CGAUGAUAAAUCUAGAUUGCGCUACUCGUGUCCUGAAAAAAGGUCAACUAAAUCGCAAAGUGUACAAUCGAGAGGACGUAAGUAUGUAAUUGAAUUAAAUUGAAUUGAAAUGAAAUGCUUGUCAGAGUAAUUGCACGAAUAUUUUGUGAAUAUUUUACAAACUGUUCGAAUGUGCUAUAGUUCUUUUCUUAGUCUUAGACAUCUUUGUUAGUAAUAUAAUUGUCGCCAUGAGACACAAUCUGACACUUCGAACUUAACACUUGCUUUGAAUGCGGCUAACAGUUGCUUUGAAUGCUCAGUUACACAGUCAGUCAAGUGUCGAGUCACUUUUACGAUAUGUGGUAAUUUCUCAGAGGAUUGUUUAUUUCAUUAUUUAUAGGAACGAUGAAAUUUAACGUUUGAAAUCCGAAUGCGAUAUAUACAAACGUCGCCCAAACUGUCCCGCAAAUUUUAAUAUUAUCGUCAUUAAUUUUGGUUGAUCUCCCAGUGGUCAUGAGAUCUUGUUUUGUUUUAAUGAAAUAUGAAACGUAAACAGAAAUUGCCAAGGUAUGUGCCCAACACAACUUGCCUUAAUGCUAUGACCAUAUCUGUCUGUAUCUACGACUACAACGAUAAAUACAAAAAUACAUAUGCUCCAUGGCGCGCAGCACGUUUGUACGCUGCCAAAAAUGUUGUAAAUUUAAAUGUAAACGUAACAUCGCAAAAUUUAAUAAUUCAACGUAAACCUACAAAAUGUAGGAUAUCAGAACAUAAAGAAAGAUAAAGCAUGAUAGAAAUUGAUAAAUUACGUACAUGGUGCCUGAGGAAUCUCUAUACUUUAGCCCCUGUCAAAUGAGAAUGGGAGUUGUGACGAGAGUUGGCAGUCGGCAUUGUCACGGGGGACAUUUCAAGCUCUACAUGAAUUAAAGGUUUGAUGAGUGUUCCAACUAUGUUUCAACUUAGAAUACAUGAUGGCAAGUGUUAAGAACAGCUGACUAAAGUCGCGUUGCUGCCAACAUCGUCGUUUGAUCCUGGCUUUUGUUGCAUUAAUCAUUAUCAUAUCGAUUUUUUCCAAGGCAUUCAUGCGAGUAAAUCAACAUUGUAGUGGUGCACUCACUGUAAAUUUCACGGAGUAUUAUUCGACAGUGUUAUUCGACAGAAUAACAUUUUUAGAGUUGAUUCAACUCCUUGAAAUUUACAGUGUGAGUUGACUUAUGUCGCGUCGAACAUCUUUAGGUUUUACUGGCAUUUUCGCGACAAUUGCGAGAAGAGAAGCAGUGUUUUGUUAUAGCCUAUAUAUUAUGCUCUGGUCAAAAGGUGGCAAUCAAUGACUGUCUGUCGUAGCAUAACCAACAAGUGGAAGAUUCCGAUCACGACAGUAGCGACGUAUGUUAGCUAUAUUCCCGCAUUUACUCCGUUUGUGAGUUUGUUGAACAUGCUAUUAUAGUGAUAUUUAAAAUAAAAUAAAGAAGGGUUACAUGUCUUAACUGGACCUCUGAAUACUUGAAAAUUCGUGGCCGUUAUCAGAUAAGCAGCAACCAUACGCCGGAUAUGAAGGAAAGUGACAAUGACGUAGGUUGCUGACGCACAUUUGUAUCCAAGCGUGACAUCAUUAUUGCACUUCAUUUGCCUCUUAAAAGUACUUACCCUUCUUCUAAACAGCGGAUUCAAUUAAAACACCUCAAACGACUUGUUGUUUGGUUAUGACGAUAAGGAACCGGGACCUGGUACUGGAACCGGGAACCGCGCAUAAUUUAUGCAAAUUAUCGCAGUCGGGAGACAUCAGAGAGUAAUAUCAUUUCGGGGGGAUUUUUCGGAGAUAUAUCUGCGAAGAAAGUCUUUAAUUUAAAUUAAAAAUCUUUAAAUUCUUUAGUGAGUAUUUGAUUAUACGAUUUCCUAGCUAAUAAAAUAGAUUGAUUGAAUUUUUUUGGUCUUGGAGACUACGAACCCUGCUGUAUAUACCUUAAAAAUUCCAGUGUUCUAAACCGCGAGCAGUCCUUCAGGAGAAAGGAGGGACUGCCGACAUCACAUCAAGAAACGAAAUAUGCGUUGCCCACACAACGCAAAAUUCCCAUUCACGCUGGUCAUAUUCAGCGAAUUUUCAGAGAACUUGCGGUGAAAAAUCGAAAAUUUUGCAUUUUGCACAGAACUGGCCACUUUCUGUAAGAUGUCCGCCGGCAAUACAAGUCCGCACGAGUGGGAGAACGAUUGCUAAAUUGGACCAACGUGAUUGGUGAAAUCGAUGUGCCUGUUAAUCAAACCUGAUAUGUAGUAAGUUAUGCUAUAAAUAAUUUCCAGACUGAAUGUUGAUUUUAUAAAUAAACAUAACAUUAACAGUUCCUAUAUUGGAUAGAUUUAAUUGGAUAUAAGUAAUUUUUAUGCAAAGGCGGAGCCAACUUAACAAAAGCGAAAAAUGGGCGUAUUUUGUUUCUUGAUGAGUUGUCGGCAGUCCCUCAUUUCCCCUCGCACGCCCGGGAAGCUAAACCCGUGGAAAGGAGGGACCGUUCGCUUUUUUUUGGUCCGGUCCGUGGAUUAAACCUGGCGACCAAUCAAAAUGCCGUAUUAAUUCACAUAAAUUAAAAUAAUUAAGUAAUACCUGUAUAAAAUUUACAAAAUGGAGGAUAACUUACGGGAGCUUUCUUCGGGAGAAUUCGAGGGAGAAUUUACAAGAGUACAACAGCUCUCUAAAUUAAUUUGCUUGGUAACAUACGAAAUUGCUUAAAAAAAUUCAUGGUAGCUUUAACUUUUCUAUCAAUAAGUGGUAGUUACUUUUCCAUUGUCUUUCCUGGAUAAUUUGUCUUAUCCAAAUGCUCUUUUUGUAUUUUUCUUGUUUGCUUCUCCUUCGCUGGCGACGACGUAACCAAAUCAGAUGAAGGACACGCUUGUUCAGAGCCGCUGUUGUUUUGAAAUAAGCACGAAAUAGUAAUUUGUGAGACUGGAAGAGCUCCACUUUUUCCUUUCCGAUCCGAUCAUUCCACUUGUCCUUUUACUAGAAAUCGCUUGCUGAGUUGGACCGGAUCGGAAAAACCUCCAAUCCGGUCCGAUCCGCUGCUUAUUAUCCGGAGUGGAAAUUAGCCUUUAGACUGUCAAACAAAGUAAACGUGCGUUUUUUUUAUCCUUGUAUGUUAUCUGCGGCUUGUUUGGCUCAUUUGCAGCUCCCGCGCUGCCCCUGGAGCAUCGUUUUCGUGUUAAAGCUUAUUUCCACAUUUAUUGGAAACUUUUUUUUAUGAUUGUGUUGAAGAAGGAUGUUCUGCUUCUCUCCCCAUAGCCGUGAGAAACAAACUUGAAAUAGCAUUCCAUUUAAGGUGGUCUUAAGGUGAAAACAGUGUAGUUGUGACGUAAUUAUCGAAAGGGUGUAUUUGCAUGCUAUGAUGCUAUCCGAUAUACUGUACAGGGUGUAUAAAAAAACCUGCAAACCCUUUGAAAUACAAUGUUUUUAGAAUUUGCAUGAUUCAGAACUAAUUGAUCCCAAGCGUGCGUAAACACAAUAGUUGACCCAUUCGCAGUCGAACUUAUAAUUAGUUUUCUGCAUUGCAAAUAACUUUGUGUUAUUCUAAUUUCUAUCAACGCGGUUAAUUAGAAUGUAUUUUCAAAUCCCAGGAGCAAAAUAGGUAGCACCGACAUUAAAAUGCUAGUAAGCAGCAUAAUUAUGCAAAUUACAGUGUUUGCAGGUUUUUUGAUACACCCUCAGGCUGCUCCAUUUACUGUUCUAGGACAUUUGGAACACUGUUCUGGAACGAUAUAAAAUGGAGUGCACACGGUGUUCUGGAACAGUGUUUAGUUUAUUAUAUAUGCGUGCAACCAUGCAUUACUAUAUUAUUUAGUUAUUCGCAUAAUAAAGCGUAUAAUGAUUCGCUGUUAUUUGUACAUCUACGUAUGCUUUUGCAACGUUUUUACUCUUUGAUUUUGCCCAACCCUGGCUUUCAAGUAUAGCAUAUAAUAAGUAUAUAUCGAAAUAUAGCGGUUAACCCUUCAAAAUAACGCUCUAUACAGUGUGCAUUGGAUACACAAAAUAUGUCGCCUCCAUUUCCAAUCACGUGAAAAUAGGUAGUGUCACGUGUCUGUUCUGGCCGCCCCACCCCAAUUAUCGUGUCUAGCUACGGCCCUGAAUCAGGCUUCAACAUUGCUCUCUUUCACUGACUAGUCAAAAGCAGCAUUUUAUAAUUUGUAUAUAAACGAAGAAGCUGGAGCACGUUACAAAUUGCAUUUAUGUUAAGCAUAAUAAGAUUCACACUAACCAUGUCAUCCAUUUCGCUUUGCUUUACCGCGUAGCUAUACAGUAUUUUACAUGAUAAUUUAAAACUGUAUGCAAAUAGUUCAGUGUUUAUAUACAACUGCAUUCAAACAAUUCUGUGCGCUAUAUUUCACAAUAGCUAAAGAAAUUAAAGACAUCAUGCAGACAAAUUAUAAAUAAUUAUCAUAUGGCCAGCGCGAAAAGAGGAUCAGCAUUCAAUAAGAAUCACCAAUUUGCGUAGGUUAAGUCACGAUAAUGAUAUUAAUGAGGCUUUGCGUUCGCUUAUGUGCUUCCGUGCAGGUCAACUAAUGCAAGCUGGUAUACACGAAAUUGCAGCUAAUGUUACCGUUCAUUAAGCUAGUGCAUCAGUUGUGCUUUUAUGUUUGUUUGUGAUGGUCUUAAUACUUUAUGUGGAGUUUUUAGAUUUCAUCUGUUAAAAAAGGCGAGGGGUUGCUGCAUGCAUGUAUUAGAAAUUUCUAGUACAUAUGGAUGAAAUUUGAUAUCCUCAUUUUAACUUAACAAUUCCGCGAAAUAUGCGACUGCUCAACCCUAAACCAUUUCGCCUAGCAGAUCUUCGGUCAUUUUCCAAUAAAUCUUGGCGAACCAACUCUUUGUUUCCGCUGUUCUUACCAGACCGAUUUGAUGUUCAUUAAGCCCAACGAAUGACCUCUACAUCGUGAACUUUUUCCAUAGCAUUUCAGUCAAAUUGUGCGUGAACGGCUAAUACGGCACUGAAAAAGUCCAAGUUUUAGGUGUCACACGUUGGACUUAGUUUACACCAAACUAUCUGGUAGCUACUUUUAUGGUUCAAAAACCACCUUCCAAAUUUGCACCCUAUGAAUUCAAAUGACGUUUUUUAAAGCCUUGCAUUUUUGGGAGCAAGUCAUUUUUAUAGUGGUUUUUAAAACAACCCUCCUGCACUCGAAAAUUUACUUUUCAAAAUAAUUUUAGUGGUAAAUUAAGAUACCAGAUCCCAAACUACUCAUGCUUGCAAAACGUUUUCACAAAUAUAAUUUUGCGGAAUUUUCAGUUUAACGGACAUUUUUGAACUGUGCAGUUUUUUAUACACUCUGUAUAUACGUUAAUUGUCCAAACGAAAUUAGAAUGGGGAACCGCACUGCUUAAUUUGGAAUAGCGAAUUGAGGAGCGAAUUGAAUACGGUAUAUAAAAUGAAGAACGAAGGAAACAAAAACUGUAUACAAUUAUAUUCCUUUUUUCAUCUAACGUUUAUUGUUUUCAUCAUAAUUAAACCAUAUACUUUUUGUAUUUACAAUUUAAAAUAUAGGCGUACACGACGACAGAUAUCCCCGAAGCCCGCUGACCAUGUGGAAUAUUCUGUCAAUCCUAAUAAUACAGAAGUAAAUGAACAGAACACUGACGAAAAUUCCAACAUACCCGUAAACAACUGUAACGACAGCAGAAAAAAAGGAAAGACAUUUCCAUGUGAAAUGAACGAAUUUAAAGAAACAACCACGUUCGAUUGGAAAGACAGUUUCCACACUGAGAAUAGUUCUUCGAACCACAUAAAAACCAUUGAGAGGGAGAACCAAGAAUUGGCGAUUAAAUCAAAGAAUUCGAAAGAAACCUUUACAGAACGUUUAAAACAACAUAGUACUCCGCCACAGAAUUCUAAUGUACCAAAACGCAAUUUGAAUAGGUCUCCGGAAUAUCUUGCCCUAUCGGAUAGUAUUACCAAUAGUCCUACAACAUUUGUUAACAUCCGGAAUGAAUCCGAAGGUGGCAACAUGCCUGUUAUUCUUAACGUAUUUACAUUAUCCCAAGUACCUACUUCUUAUAUUAAACACAAAAUAACAAAUGUAAUACGUAAAAAUAACUUUCCAGUUACACCUCCAUGUUCUUCUCCAAUCCAAAAACUUGAACAAUUCAUUGGAACUGAAAAUACGCCCAACGAAACUAAAAGUCCACUUUUCCCGAGUGGUUUGGCAUCGCCGACGUUAAAGAAGUCCACAACGACGUCAAACGUUUAUAAUAUUUACUUUCCAGUUGACAACGGGCGACAAAACGUGACCGGUCAUGGAAGUCAUCUGUUUCCUUCUGAAAUAAAACAGUCUAUUGACCAAACGAAUUAUACACCUACAAGUCAAUUAACAAGAUUUUACGAUGUCAAAGGAGGAGCGAAAAUAAAACAGUCAAAAUUAAACAUUGUAUCCAGUUCAAAGAAUAAUGCAGUUCUCUGUGAUAGCUGGAAGCUCAUGACGCAACCUCUCAAAAACGUCGAGGUAUCACCAGUAACUGAAUUUACAGGAAAACCAUCUUACAGUAGGGAUCAAUGUGUUGGUGAAAGUGAAAAUGGUGCAGAUAAUAGCCAUGCAUUCUUGUCGCCUACAGAUAUUAAGGUAUUGCAGUUAAAGAGGAGAUUAAAAGAGCAAGAAGCAGCGUUAAAGAAACUACGCACAAACCAUUGAAGAUGAGAAACUUUUAUGGUUCUAGAAACAGUUUCACUGUUACUUUUGUUUUAAGAUGCAAAUAUUGGCUGAAAGAAAAUCUUCAGUUUAAAAGUCCUGCACACGGAAAUUGAUGUUUAUUGUUCGAGUCUAUGUCUAAUUUCAACAUCUUUUCUGCAUGAAGAGACGAAGAAAAGGGACUUUAACCAAAUAUCUCAAAUCCAAGCAUUCGCUGUUGAGAGAAAUAUUAAUAAUUUAAUUUAAUGCGCAGUAAAAUGUUUAUUCAUUAAUAUCUAUAUUGUAGAAAAUAAGAAUGCAUGUAUAACAAUCCUUUACAACUUCGUUAAUAUCCAAUCUAUUUGUACUUGAAUGAACAUAUAAUACAUUUCAGUUGUAGAUAAGUUUUCAAGAUGUUUGCUUCAGUGUGUAUACAUUAACAACUAUAGAUAUUAUGCAUGUGCUUUUUAUACGAUGAGGCUGUAUUAAUGUAUUAUAUAAUUUGAUAUGUACGUUCUAUGUAUUAAUUCCCAUCCGAACUGGAUCAUUGUGGGCCAUUAUGUAAACUACUGGGUGACCGUGCAGUUAUCGAUGUUACUCUCAUUCAAUAAAGUAUUUCUUCAUAUUGUAAAAUUUAAGUUUACUCGACCUUUUUUAAUAUAAGUAAAUUAUAUAUCAACUUUCAGCUUUUCCUUUAUACUGAACGUUUAUAUUUAUUUGUAAAUCAAAUGGUCUCAUGAUGAUUCUGUAAUAGGAUCUAUAAAUAAAACC